AUGUCCGACAACGACGUCUGUGACCAUCCAGGAUGCGGCAUGGGACCAUUCCCGACCUACGAGAUCGCGCGAAAGCACCGAUACCGCUACCACUCCGUCCCUAUCACAUUCCUGAUUGAUGGGAACGAGCAUGUUGUAGGCCAAUCGGACGGGCGUUAUACCUGCCCGCUCCCGGAGUGUAAGAUCGUCUUCAAAAAGCGUGAAGCUAUCCAGAAGCACAUCAACGUCGUCCACAAUGACUCGGUCAAAAUCAAGGUCUUUGACGCUUCUGAGUUUGAUGUCCCGAGUAGUAUGGGGCAUACUACCGCGCGACGUCGCGUUUACAUCAGACGCGUCGGUCGCGUCAGUCGCGUUGGUUUGCAGCAGUGUCUGUUGUCAGUAUCUGUGUAUCUGUGGUAA